GUUUGCGCCCUUGAAAUGGCAAAGCCUGCAUUGCCGGAAAUAGACGUAGGCGACGAGGAGGCGUCGUGGAGGGGCUCCGGGGACGCCCUCCUGGCCGCCUUCGAGAGCCUGCUGAGGGAAAUCGGGCCGGCCGCUGAGGAGCCCCAGCAGCAGAAGGCCAAGUGGUCGUCAGAGGAGCUGCUAGCGUCCUGCCAGGCCUUGCUGGACGACACGCGCGAUGCCGUCCUGGCGUUCGACGUGCCCUCACCCACGACGGAGCUGCGGCCGGACAAGUGGCCGGGGCAGCACGCUCCUGCACCAUUGCAAUCGCCAGCUGCGUCGCCCGACCCUCUGAUCACAGCAGGACAAACGAACACGCACAAGCGAGAUUCCAAGAGCGACCGGGAUCAGGACGCAAGGCCCGUGUGUCCUUCUCAGUAUUCACAUAGAUAUGGCUCAGCUGAGCUACCCGGUGAUCGCGGAAACUCUUUCCUGGGACGCACGACGAGUCCACAUCGCACACUGCCUUUGCAAACACAAAUGCAACUAUCAACAGAAUCGCUUGCAGAAGACAGUUCUUUGGAGAGCAUGAGGCUGCCAGCCGAUCCCUGUGAAACCGCGACCUUUCGUAAUUCGCCCCUUCGGAGUGAACCCCUCGACCCACAGGCAACCUCCCACGUUUGUACGACAGUUGCAGACGCGCCGGGGAGCCCUGCGCCUCGGGUCGUGUCGGGCGCCGAUGCCGUGCCUGCAGUCGGGGAAGCGCAUUCCACGGCUGCUGCCCCGACGGAGGUGUCGUCGACGCACCUUGUUCAAGCUCACCGCACUUCCUCUACCUCUGUCGAUGCUGGUCUGUGGAGUGGCGAUUUCUCGGGGAGUUGCACCAUGCCUCACCUCGCCCCGCCCCUCACAUUACGGGAAAGCCCCUUCGACAACGCUCGGGUCACCGCCGCUGCAACUCUCACAUGUCGGGGCACGUCUAUGGCAGGUAACAAGUGUUUGAUUAGCUCUACCAAUGCCACCCACUCUCAGGAUGACCCUGUGGCACCUGGCGACACUCUCAACGCCCUUAGCAAUUUGCAAGAUGCUUCCCCGACGCCGGUUGUUUCUCUAGCCCCAGUGCUUGCAUCCGAAGACUCACAGGUUGACGGCACCACACCUGUCACCUCGCAGAUAACUCCAGCCGGCAGUAGGAAGUAUCUGGGCGCGGGUAGCGGAUGCCAGGCCCUUAUAGAUUUACCUGAGAAUUUGAGAGUCGGUAAUACAGCAACAAAUCCUUGCGUCGAUAAUCCAGCACGCGGCGAUUCCCGGGUCACUCUUACUUCAUCUGACAGCUUGCAGAUCAAUAGCACCGCGUCUGACAAUUCUCGGAUCGAUAUCGCUGCACGUAACAUCUCUCCGGUCAAUAUGACCUCGACCCAUAUGUCUGAGGUCAAUAUGACUGCAGGUGACAAGUUUCGUGUCAGUCUUGGCGAGGCAAGCUGCCUGCGGCCUGUGCAAGCAGGAGAGAGCACCGAGAGAGGGCCGUGCGGGAAUCGCGAGAGAGACUACGAGAAAGGGCUUGUCCGUGACGCAGCCAUGGCGGAUGGGGCGGCGGGUGUGUCGGUGGGGCCGACCCUGGGGAACUUGGGCGCUUCCGCUUUAAAUUUCCCCUCUUUCGGCCUGGUCUUUCCCCACCUGGCAGCGGGGGAGCCCUUUGAACCCUUGCUUUCCGACGCGGACGAGGAGGACUCGCUGCUGAGCUACGAGACGUGCAGCUCCGGCGGCUACGACAGCUGCGGCGGGGCAUGGUGCUCAUGCUGCGAGAGCAAUGCUACUGACGGUGAGCUGGGGACGGAUGCUGGCAGCGAGUAUAGCCUGGGCUCGUUCACGACCUCGUGUGAAGCCCUGUGGCAGUGGAACCCCUCCUAUGACGAGGAGGAUCGCGAGGUUGAUGACCAGCGGACGGGCAUGGGCGGCGAGGAGGAGAGCGACGCAGGCACGGUGGCAUCACGGGUAUUAGCGUGGCGGCCGGAUCGCCUCCCGUGCCAAGAGCGCGCUGUCGGCGACGGGCGAAAUGAGUCAGGCGCCUCGCAUCUUAAUCAGGAUUUGUCUCCAGGCGACCGUCAUCUUCGCGGGACUCGCCGGAGAUCGAUUUCAGGGGCAAGAGAACACCAUGACCCGCUGUGUCUCGGUACGUCACCAGCUGAUCAGCACCAGCCCGUAUGUGGCGCAGGUGAUUCGCCAUUCGCGACGACCGCCCCCGAAAUGCACGAUGAGCUGGAUACGCCGUGUGAUCCGCCGGGGGCUCGGGAGAGAUGUGUCCCUGCAUCGGCCGCCCAGCCCGUUCUCCCGCCGCGUGUCACUGUCCCGGCACGCGGGCCCGCUUCCUCCCCCUCCCGGCGAGGCGAAGACGCGCAGGAUGGCGUGAGUGGGGCAGCGAGGGGGAAGGAUGAGUGCGUGGCAUCAGUGCCCGACCAGCUGCGCCACCAACGCGAGGUGCCUGUUCUUGCUGCUGUGCCCUCGCUGGACUGGGAUAAAGAGUGUGCUUGUAGGGACCCCCCCGGGAGGCGGGAGGGCGGCGAUUCGCUGCACCAUGAGGACAGUGAAGAGGACAUGGCCGACAUUUUCGGUGACACUCUCUGCACAGUUAAGCGAAACAAGAAGAAGCGGGUCACGGUGAUUGAGUGCGAGCGACACCCACCCUCACUCGACGAUCCUCUCGCGCCCGGAUAUGCCGGGGGUGUGGGGGGACACUCAGGGUGUAGCGGGGGAGAACAUGCCUUGGGUAGUCCUGAGUUUGGUGGUGUUCAGUGUUAUACAAAAUGCUGCGAACAAGGAAGCACUAUCCCUUGUACGCGAAAGGAGGCUGUACAUAGUACUCAGGAUAAUAUUAGAAGUCUCAGUGAAAAUGACAGUGAGUGUUCUCCACACCAGAAACACUUUUGUACAAAGGAAAGCGCGGAAUGGUGUACACAGGAAAACAACAAGGAAGCCGCGGAACACAGAGACGAGAGUGAGCGUGUUAUAUUUCGGGACCCUGAUUUGAACCUUUGCUGUGCUGCUGAUCACUACCGGGCGUGUGACGAAAGUGCGAUGGUAAAGGAGAAUAAGAGUGCUGCGUUGGCAGGAGUUGCGACGUGCGGAGACGCCGAAGAUGCUGAACGACUGGAUGUGGAUAUGUGUAGUGAGCUUUCUGCGAGGUCCGAGGAGCAGGUGGCUGCAGCGCGGGCGUGGCUGGACGCGGAGCGGGUGUGGCUGGUGCACCGGGGGGGCUUCUGCGCGGCGCGGCAGCUGCGGGAGACCGAUUCGGGCGAGCCGCUGCCGGAGGGCCGGGUCAGGCUCAAGCUCGAGCACAACGGCGACGUCAUCGAGGUCGACGAGGACGAUGUGAUACAAAUGUUUAAAGGGUGUAAAUUAGAAGACAUGCCACCCCACAUAUACUCAGCUGCCCAGGCAUCUUACCGCGAUCUGCUUGCUACUCGGAGAGACCAAAGCAUUGUCUUCCUUGGUCGUUCUGGUGCUGGCAAGACCACCAACUUCCGUCAUGUCUUGCACUAUCUAGCACUCGCUGCUGGAACCACUAAUAAGAUACUUACAGUUGAAAAGUUGAAUGCUAUAUCCACACUCCUUGAAGCUUUUGGCAACAGUCGAACAGUAAUGAAUACAAAUGCAACGCGAUUCACUCAGAUCUUCAGCCUUGACUUUGAUCACUCUGGACAGAUUGCUUCAGCUUCUGUGCAGGUCUAUAUGCCAGAGAAAACACGUGUAGUGCGACGACCAGAAGGUGAACCAAAUUAUCACAUCUUCUACCAACUUCUGUCUGGUGCGGAUGAUGAUUUGCGAAGAACCCUAGGCCUUGAUAGACUCACUGAACCAAACCUCUUUAUGACUCCUUUACAAAGGAGCGAGGAUAAGCAGAAGGCAGGUAUUGCAUGGGCGAGAAUACGAGCAGCCCUGGAUGUUCUCGGUGUGUCUCCAGAUGAGCAGCAUGCCAUUUGGAGUGUCUUGGCUGCCAUAUAUCAUCUUGGCACAGCUGGAGCUGUCAGAGCGGCAACAGGCAAUAAAUUCCAGUUCAGCAAACCAGGCAGUGCACAGAGAGCAGCGACCCUAUUGGGAACAUCAGUUGAGGAACUUGCACGAUCCAUCUUCUACUCGACACCAUCAACACCAUCAACAAGGGCGUCUUUCAGCAUUCUCUCCGAAACAUUUGAUGAGAUAAUUGACAUGAUACAGCAAGCUGGUGACGGUGAUAGAACUGCAUCCCCUACUGAGAGACCAGCAGAACGUCCCGAGGGCCUAGAAGCUUUGGAAGGCAUGGCUGCAGGCCUUUACAGUGAAGCCUUCAAUGCCAUUGUUGCACUUAUCAAUAGGUGCAUAUCAACUUCUGCUCACACUUCAAACUCCAUCUUGGUAGUGGAUGCCCCAGGUUUCCAAAAUCCAGCAUCAUGUGGCAGGACAUCAGGAGCCACUUUCCAAGAUCUUUGUCACAAUUACACUCAGGAACGUUUCCAGAUGCUCUUCCACGACACUACUUUUACUGCACAGACCGAUCGUUAUGCACAGGAGCACAUUGAAUAUGGAGAUGUUGGAGAUGAGAUUGGAACUCCAGCUCCCCUGAUUGCCCUUAUUGACAAGGCAUCCUCCAACUGUGUUGUGCGGACAUCCCAAGUAGACUUAAAGGAAGCUGAUCGGAGAGGCCUGCUGUGGCUUCUUGAUGAGGAAGCCAUCUUUCCAGGUGCCUCUGACCAGUCCUUCUUGGAGAGACUGUAUGCCCAUUAUGGAAGCAGGGAAUACUCACAGUUACUGAAGAAAGGCCAGGCACCAGAUCAGUUCACACUGCAGCACUUCCAGGGCACCAAUCCAGUCACAUAUUCAAUUUUAAAUUGGCUUAAGUCCUCACGUGAGAAUCCUGUCAUGAGACAAGCAGCUGCUCUGCUGCAGGAAUCCAAUAAGGAAACUUUAAGUAGACUGUUUGUAUUUAGCCGUGGACCAGUCAGCAAUACCAUCAGUGGGUCUGUGGUAGGAAUUGAAGGGUCGCAGUCAUUACGUAGAGCUUCUUCUAUCAGGAGAGCCUUCACCACAGGUACAGCUGGCAUCAAGCGCAAGAGUGUCUGUUUGCAAGUGAAAUUCACAGUGGAUGGCAUUGUUGAAACGCUCCGUCGUAGCAAAUUAAGGUUUGUCCACUGUUUGUUACCACAACACAAUGCUGGGCUUUGUGACCUCAAGAGUUCCUUGGUUAUGCCAAAUAAGACCAACAAUUCUUCUGAAGAUAUCCUUCUCAAUGUGCCUCUUGUCCGAUCCCAGCUUCGAGGAUGCCAAAUUUUGGAUGCUCUAAGACUCCACAAACAAGGAUUCCCAGAGCAUAUCCAGUACAGUGAAUUCAGACGACGCUUUGCUGUCCUGGCCCCAGCUGAAGCCAGAGCCCAGGCACCGGUGUUAGAUGAGAGAGCUGCUGUUGAGGCAAUUCUGGCACACUUAGACCUUGACUCGUCUUCGUAUCGACUUGGGUUGUCGCAGAUUUUCUUCCGCACGGGCGCCAUCAGCCGGCUGGAGGAGCAGCGGGACCUCGUCCUGACGGACACCAUCACCCACUUCCAAGCGCACUGCCGCGGCCACCUCGCCAGGAAGCGCCUCGAGAAGAGGAAGGUGCAAGAGACAGCAAUUCGUUGUAUUCAGAAGAAUGUGCGCAAAUUCAUGGGAGUCAGAGACUGGCCAUGGUGGAGGCUGCUUGUACGUGUUACACCGCUCCUCAAUGUACACCGCACAGAGGAAGAACUCAGAGCAACCAAGGAUGAACUGGAGACGCUGCGGGCCCGGCUGGACAAGGUGGAGAAGGAGCGCGGCCAGUUGAAGCACGACAAUGACAGGCUGGAGGCGAGGCUGUCAGAGGUAGCAGCAGACCUCUCAGAAGAGCAUACCACAGCACACUUGGCCGGAGAGAGGCUGGAAGCUGAACAGGCAGAGAGAAUGAAGCUAGAAAAGGAAUUAGACAGGCUGCAGACGGAUGUUAGGCGCAUGACAACAGAGAAUGGUAAACUUGAGAUGGAGAAAUUAGCACUCCGCACAGAAGUCCUCUCGGCAGCGGAUCUCAACGGAGAUGCAGAUGAUGAUGAUUAUGGUGAAGAGGCCUCUCUGUAUAAGCGGAAGUAUGAGUGGUGCCUUCGAGAGAUUGAGGUACUGAAGAAGCAGUUGAAGCAACAACAGGAGGACGAUUAUGAUCAACUUGUCCUAAUGAAGAAACAGCUGGAGAAGAAGGUGGCUGAUGCAUAUGAGGAAACAGACGAACAACGACAAGUGGUGGCACAGAUGAAGCGGAAGUGCCAACGACUCCAAGCAGAAAUGAAUGACCUGAAGAUACUGCUGGAGGAACAGACAUCACGUAAUAAUCUCCUGGAAAAGAAGCAGAGAAAGUUUGACCAAGAGAUGAUGGCAGUUCAAGAGGAGCUACGAGGGGAAAGAUCCAAUAAGGAGAAGAUCCAGAGGGAAAGAGACCAGAUCCUCUCCCAGAAGUAUUCUUUCGAGCAAGAAGUAUCGACCCUGAAGCUGGAGUUGGAGCUGAAGGAAGAGAAAGUUGCAUCCCUUAACAGGGAGAUUGAGGACCUGAACUUCACAGGGAAGACUGAGGAGGAGAUUGCAACAUUGAAGAAGGCCAAGCAUGACCUGGAGAUGCGCAUCAAAGAUCAGGAGGAGGAGCUAGAUGACUUAGCAGGGCAGGUGCAAAUGCUAGAGGGCGCAAAGGUGCGAUUAGAAAUGAGCAUAGAGCAAAUGAGGAAGGAGAAUCGCCGUGAGAUGGCCCAGAGAGAAGAAGAACUUGAGGAAGUCAGAAUAGCUGCUCAAAAGAAAGUAAAAGCAUUGGAAGCACAGCUGGAGAACGAACACGAAGAGAGAACUUUGUUGGUGCGUGAGAAACAUGAACUGGAAAGGCGCAUAGCUGACUUACAAGACCGCACCAUCACCCAUGUUGAUGAAGACUAUGUGCACAAGCUUAAGAAGGAACUUAAGAAGACUAAGGUUUUGUUACGUGAUACACAGACUAUGCUUGAGAAGGCGCAGUCUGAGGGCAGUCACAAGGUUCUCGUUAGACAACUGAAAACACAGUUGGAAGAUGCAGAAUUUGCCAAGACUGCAGCUAUCAAGGCUCGUCAAUCAGCUGAGUCAGAUCUCUCAGAAAUCAACUCCCAACUGGAAGAAGCCUUGAGAUAUAAGAAUGAAUCAGAGGAUAAGUGUGCCAGAAUGUGCAAAGAAAAGGCUGAGUUGCAAACACAGCUGGAAGAGAGUGAAGAAGAGGUGGCUGAGGUAAUGAAGAAAUAUAAGGCUGUUGUAUCUCAGCUGUCUGUAGACCAGAUCACGCUCUCAGAACAGUCACAGCAAAUUGCAGAACUAGAACACAGUAAACAGGUUCUUCAGGAGAGAAUGCUGGAAUUGACCAGCAAAGUAGAGGUAUUAGAAGGAGAGACAGCAAACAUCCACACUCAGCGCCGUCUUGAGAUGAAGAUCAAGGAGGUUGAGUCUAAACUAGAGCUUGAGCAGACUACCAGGCAGAGAUUAGAGAGUCAAAUAGGGCGGUUGAAGGACCAGAUUGAACGACUGACGAGUGAAUGUGAUUCAGCGCGGCUCAAGGAGAGUCAGGCUCAGGACCAGAGUAAGAGACUUGGAAGGCAGUUACGUGAGUCCAAGGAGGACCUUUCAACCUUGCAGCAGAGACAUACUGAUGCUGUCAACAAGAAGAAUGAGUUGGAGAAGCAGUUAGAACUUUCAGACUCCGAAGUCAUUACCCUUAAGAGUGACCUGAAGUUGGCAUUCAAAAGGAUUGAAGACCUCCAACAGGCCAUCCAGGGUGACAUUUCUGACUCCGACUCCGACCUAUCCGACAGUGACAGCGACAGCGACGGCAGCUUGAGUUCUUAUCUGACUGCGUCCUUGAGGCAACAGAGGUCCUCCUCCAAUUCUACGCUUCGCACUCCUCCUUCAGAAGUGCAGCAGCUUGACAGACUGGAGCUCCCAAAUUCACCGUGUAGUGAAGCAAUGUCAGCCAUCAGUGAAGACCUUGAGGAAGCCUCAAAUAAGGAGUCCUUUGCGUGAUAGCUUGUACUUAGACCAUAAUAUAUAAUAAAGAUUUUUAUAAUGUGCAGAGAAUAAAUGGAAUAAGAUUAAUGCUGUAAUACUGCUUCAUUGUGAGGAACAGUGACUGUUUGUGAUGAUCCAGUAAAUGCUUGGUGAUGAUAAAAACUGGAGACUUGACCGAGCUUUAAAUAGGUUUUUGUGUAUAUAUGUACAGAAAAUAAACAUGCUUGGUGAGAAAGUCUUCUCCA